AAAAUUAAUAUUUGAUUAAAAAUGACACGCGGCUUUCACGUUGCUAUUGCAGCACUGGAGCGGAAAAUCGCUGAACUUCAAUGUCAACAAUUUUCUCCAAUGGAAAAUCUCCUACCGCAUUUUGCAAAAGCUACGACAUACCUUACUAUCUCGCCUUACUUGUUCCUUGGACAGACAACUAACCCUAAAUUCCACUCUUUAAAACGCGAUGCAAUUUUCGCACGGGAAAUUAGAAACCGAAAAGCUCAAGGAAAAUCUAGAAAAUCAACUGCAUCGCCUAGUCGAGCAACUGGCCGAUCUCGAAGAAUAGAGGAACUAAGCCCAGCGGAAUACAACGAGACCAAAACCGACACCAUCGAUCAACUAAAGGAACUCAACACGAGCUUAACAAAGUUAGUCAACGGCGACAUUUCCCUAGUAAGCGAGUUGGGUGCCAUGCAACUGGCCACACAAGCGGCGAUUUCUCAAGCUUUUAAAACACCCGAGGUUAUCAAGCUCUUCGGCAAGAAGGAACCGUUACAAUUGCGCGAGCGACUACAGAUGAUUGAGCAGAAUUUCAAAUUGACAAAGUUAAAUCAAAAGGGCUACGAUCAGCAGAAAGCAGAAAUAUUAGUCGCGUUAAGACAGCUCGGAGAGCAACUGACGACUGACGAGUUGCAAUUUUUGGAAAGACACAAUAAUGUUUCUAAUGCAUUUAAAAAUGUGGAGUUUGUUGAAGUUAAUGACUAAUUUGACGCAAAAAUAUGUGUGUGUUUGUCAUAUCUUGCACAAAAUGUGAUUUGUAUUAUAUUCAACGUAGAUAUUAAACUAUAAACGCAUU